AUGGAGUUCGUGGGCCUGCGGAUGACGGUUGCCCUGAGGCAUCCCGCUGGUUUCACCGUGGACGGUGUCGUCUCUGCCAUCGUCCCGGGCCAGGUCUUGAUCCUCGAGCACGUCCACGUCUUGAAUACCGGCGAGCGGCUGCCCAGGAUCGACCUCAACCCCGAGAACAUCGCCGACAUACGGGAGAACCGCGAUGCUCCUCCCGCCCCGACCUUCACAGCACCGCCCACCGGCCCUGUGCCUGCCCCCACCUUGCCCGAGCCUGGGGACAAUGCCACCUUCCAGGAUCCCGCCAUUCUCAGCAUGGGACGGCCCCCGAGGAGGAGCGAUGCUAACAUUGGAGAGAAGCGUGACCCAGCUCCCACCCCUGGUGCCUCGGCCACCUCUCACCACGCUGUGGGCCCACUGAGCCCUAUCAAUCCUGUUGCGCAGGGCAUGGGCGGGCUGCACAUCUCGCCUCCGGACCCUGCGCAGCUCGACACCACCGAGGACGAGGUCGGCGGUGCUACUCCCACCCUGGCCACCCAGCCGGGUUCGUCAUCCUCCAGGGCCGGCAAGAAACAGCGCCAACGCCAGCGUCAGCCGAAGAACGCUCGUACUGCCCCAAGAAAUGACGAGAAUGCGGUUCCCUCUGGUGCCAAGCCCACCGAACAGGGAGACGGUUGGCGCCAGACCCCGAUGUUGCAGUCUACCAAGUCCUUCCAGCCCUUCUCGUCACUCAAGAAGGGCCAGAAGGGCCGCAAGUCCACGGCCAAUGCCGAGAACGGCUGGAUGUCGGAGGACGUUACGGACGUCCAGGAGGCCGGAGACUUCGACUUUGAGCAGAGCCUGGCCAAGUUUGACAAGCGCACCAUCUUCGACGAGAUGCGGAAGCAGGACCAGGUCGACGACGCCGAUCGAUUGGUGUCCCACAACCGCCUCCCCAAGCCGAAGCCAGGGACCGCCGGAGGCAAGAACUUGCAUUACACAGAAAACGUGCUGGACUUGCCCUCGUCGUCAUCGGCCUCCAAGUUCAAGGAGACGCCAGAUGACUUCUGGAAGAGCGAGGCCGACGACGCCACGGUCAACGGCGGAGAACGUCUGAGCGGGCAGGAGGGAAGCGGCCGGACCUCGCGUCUCCGGGGUGAGUCCAGAAUGUCAACGUCUCGGCGCUCGCAGUCCCGGAAAGCAAGCGCCACCCAGGUCAUCGGCGGCCCUGUUCGCGUCAAUUCAGGUGCCAAGACGCUCGAUCGUUCAAACCUGUCGCAGACUCACCUGACGAGCCAGCAACCGGCGACAGCCAUGGCUGGCGUCGUGGAGGGAUUCUAUUCGAUGGGGUCGAACCGGCGUAUCGAGACCGUCACCCAUCUGCAGAUGUUGAAUAUCGAGAACAUCUCGCACAACGAGCUGGGAUUUAGCGAGGAUCUCAUGGCCGAGAACGCUGGGCGCAGCAUCUCCGAGGUGGUUUUCACUGCCCUCACCGACCCUGCUGUCAAGCUUCGAAGUGCUGCGGCCUCGCCUCCCAACUCGGCAACCAUCGUCAUCUUGGCCGGCAACAACAAGUCUGGCACCCGAGCGGUUGCCGCCGGACGACAUCUUCGCAACCAUGGUAUCAACGUGCUGGUAUGUGUAGUAGGCAUUGAACGCGAGCGAGAGCUGGUAGACGAACUACGGAGACAGAUCCGACUGUUUCGCAGCUUCGGCGGGGUGGUGUCCUCCAAGACACAGCUAUUCGAAAACCUCAGCAAGACGACAGCUGCAACACUCGACUCGUCGCCACAGAGUUCAGUCACACUGAUCAUCGAUGCGCUCCUGGGUCUCUCGAUAUCGUUUGAGGAGCUGCGCAAGAGCGAUCAGGCCACGACGUACGAGCUGAUGGAGUGGGCCAACCGCAACGAGGCUUUCAUCGUGGCGAUUGACAUCCCUAGCGGCAUUGACCCUGCCGUAGGAAAAGUCAACAUCAUCGACGGCGCCAAGCUGUACGUCCAGCCCCGCUACGUCGUCGCUCUCGGCGCACCCAAGCAAGGUCUGUUGAAGGCGAUGGAGCUGGGCUACGAGCAGGCCGACGAUAUCACGGUGGACGAGUGGAAGUUGUACCUGGCAGACAUCGGCCUGAGCACGACCAUCUGGCGCAAGGCCGCCACCAAACUUCGCCGUGGCAUCGAUUUCGACGACAAGUGGGUUCUGGAGCUGCGAUACCAGCCUCCCGUGACGGACGACGAGCUCGACUAG